UUCACCCAUGGGAAAUAUUUACUUUUCGGUUUGUCUGAAAAAAAUCAAUUGUUGUAUGCGUAACUUCAAUUAGUGCCAUUGCAUCGAACGGUGGAUUUCAUAUUAGAGCACAAUCUUUGCUUGUAUAUCUCUACUGUGCUGGCAGCCUUUCAUCUCUGUUUCAGAUCCUGAAGUUUCAGAUCCUGAAUUUCACACUUCUGUUUUUUUUUUGUUUUCCUCCUAAAACCAACAGUUCCGGUUCCAGCUUACACAUCUAAUUGUCUAUCGUAUUUUUACUUACAAAUACCUCUUUGCAGAAGCUGGGUUCCAUUGUCGGUUUCCAUUAUAACUUUAAAAAUUCAAUUUUUAGUUUGAUAACAGAAAAAACUGAGGAACUAAUCACUAAUUUUGAACGUCUGAAAAAUGUAAAUCAUCAUUGGAAUUUUUCUUAAGUUGUCUUGAAAAAUGAGGGCCUCUCAAAUUAUUAAGAACUUUGAAAUGUUGAAGGUUUUUAGAUUUACUUGGGUUUACUCAGUUCGAAGCGGUUAGAUAAUAAUUUACUCCUAGUAUAAAACAAGACUGCUCGUAUAUUAUUGAAAACAUAUAAAUUUUGAUGAAAUCAAAAAGUAUAAUUUUGAGUCGUACGAAAUCAAUACGACCAAUUAGCUAGCCUCAUUUCAAUUCGGAACGUUUUUGUUGCGCGGGAUAAUUUGCAAACGCAUAGACAGUUCGCUUUACGCUCUCAUCAUUAUGAAUAAACUAUUCAAAGCGCGCAUAAAUUAGUCCAUAACAUGGCCAUUUUAGCAAUUCGCAAAUCACCAGAGCUUCACAAAAAUAUUGUAGCUGAUGAGUACAGCUGGGGAACAGAGUGGUUUUCAAGCGACCCUAGUUUGAUAACCACUCGAAACAAUGCAACUGAUUUGAUCAAAUUCCGACCCAAAGAGUGCUAUUCAUCACUAACUGGAACAAAGGUGGAUGUUUCAUACUGUGAGAUUGACAGCACUCAGGACUUCAACAUGAUUGUCAAACACUUCAAAAAAAUCGGAACUCUUUUGGACUGGUAUGGAGCAAGGGCUCAUUGCAAUUCUAUCGGAGGCAGAUUGUACGAUGACAUCAACUUCGCAACAAAUGGCGAGGCCGAGGAGUUGUAUUUGCAUUUGCAGAAACACUGGUUUGAUUUAUGGUUCGGCCUUUGGUCUCCAGCAAACAGUGGAACUUGGCAAACCACAGCGGGAGUACCUGUCAGAGAGGAGGAUAUUGAAAACUGGUAUGGCGACGAGCCAAAUAGCCACACUAGCGCAGACAGAGCCACGCGAAUCUACACGAUGACCGCAUUGAAAGAUAUUCCACCUACCACUUUGAUUGUUCGAUCAGUGUGCACAAUGGUUGACUAGACAACGGGACUCCAGCUUUCAAUAAAUUACCAACAUGACUAGAUAUUGAACAGAAAUAUUCGAAAAUAGCAAAACAACUGCACACAAA